GAAACUAUAACCUCCAGACUCUUGGGUUUAUUUACUGUGCAAUGUUCUGUCCAUUCUAUUUCAUUCAAAUAGAAAGGAAAGAGCAUGUCCUCCAUUCUCUUUGUCUUUAAAUUGAAACACAAUAUUGAGUUUCUGUCUUAUUUCUGUUGUUGUUUGUUCACACUGCUGAUGCUUGUCUUGGGACACUUUUUAUUGGCAUACACCCAGUGAUUAUUGGCUGUUAAUCUGCCAAUAAUACCGUAAAUUAUACCAAUAUUCUUUUUCUAAGUGUUUUAUUAUAAAUUGUCAACGCAGGUAAUAAUGAGACCAAUAUUAUAAUUUAUUCAUAUCAUGUGAUUUCGUCCUCUGAACUCAGUGGGCCGCUGUUGACCAGCAUCUUGGCGUUCACAUUUGUUUUUAUUUAAGACAUCCCCUGUAGUGUCACAAGCGGAGCACUCCGAAGCAUAGCGCACUGUUGGUCGUGGAUGAAACACGGAAUAUCAAGCUGGAACCAUUUCGUCGUUAAUUUUUGAUUAAACAGCAAUUCUAUUUGCAUCGGUAACGCUCGUUUAAGGGAGGGGAGGGCGUUAUAUUUGAUUUGACGGGUGAGCCUGACAGAACAAUGAGACGGCAAGUACUGUUGUUUUUCUCGGUCCUGUUUCUCAGCUCGGCGCUCGGCCAGGUCAGCUUCUCAAUUCCAGAGGAGAUGGCAAAGGGGUCUUUGGUCGGUAACAUAGCUCACGAUUUAGGAUUGGAUGUUAAACGAUUACAAGCCGGAAAAGCUCGCAUCCACACAGGAGACAGUGCGGAAUACGUCCAGCUUAACAAGGAAAAAGGACUCCUCAUUAUCAAAGAGAGAAUAGAUCGCGAAGCCCUCUGCGGUCAGACAACGCCUUGCGCUCUGCAUUUUCAAAUUGCCUUGGAAAACCCAAUAGAAAUAUUCCCGAUUACUGUCGAAAUUACAGAUAUUAACGACAAUGCUCCCGUAUUCGAAAAGGCAGAGAGGCGGUUUGAAAUAAGCGAGACUGCUGUUGUUGGCUCUAAGUUCAUGCUAGAGAAAGCAAUAGACGCCGAUAUAGGACAGAAUGGUCUGCAGAGCUAUACGCUCAAGCCCGAUGAUCAUUUUGAGCUUAAAUUGCAUAGUCAGUCUGAUGGUGGUAAAAAGGUAGAAAUGAUUUUAAAGAAACCUUUGGAUAGGGAAAAGCAGGAAUUCGCAUCAUUAUUGUUAACGGCUAUUGAUGGAGGAGAACCGCAUAGGUCUGGAACAAUGCAGAUUCAUAUUAAUGUGUUAGACGCAAAUGAUAACGCUCCAGUUUUUACGAAAAACGUUUACAAAGCAAGUGUAAAAGAAAACUCCCCUGCGGGAACACUCAUUACAAAAGUGAGUGCCUCCGAUGUGGACAAAGGCUCUAAUGGAGAAGUUACCUACGUAAUUGGAAACAGUAUGAGGAGCAUUUCAAAAUUGUUCCAAGUUACUGACGACGGUCUUCUUAUAUUGAAUGGGCCAAUAGAUUAUGAAAAAGCCAAAAAGUAUGAGAUAGAUAUAGAGGCAGUUGACAGAGGUGGUUUAUCUGAUUCAAGUAAAAUAGUCAUUGAUGUAGGUGAUAUAAAUGAUAAUAAUCCUGUUAUCAAUAUGAUUUCAUUCUCACAUGUAAUAGGAGAGGAUAUACUUCCCAACACAGUGGUAGCUGCAAUGAGUGUAAAUGAUCCUGAUUCUGAAGAAAACGGAAAGGUCCGAUGUGUAAUUGAUAAAAAUAUCCCAUUUUUAAUCACACCUACGUCGAGUAACUUCUAUAGCAUCGUUACAGACAGUAAAUUAGACAGAGAGGUCGCUUCUAAAUAUAAUGUAACUGUGACCUGCUCUGAUGAAGGAGUCCCCUCCCUCUCCAGCAGCGUCAAUCUCACUUUACAGAUCUCUGAUGUUAAUGAUAACGCGCCUGUAUUUGAGAGAAGUUCAUAUGAGGCCUAUAUUGUAGAAAAUAACACACCAGGUCUCUCUAUAUUCACAGUGAAAGCCAGAGACGCUGACUGGAACCAGAACUCCCGUGUUUCUUACAUAUUGGAGGACUCCUCUGUUAACGGAGUGCCAGUCUCCUCUUAUGUGUCCGUUAGUGCUGAUAGUGGAGUCAUCCAUGCUGUGCGCUCUUUUGACUACGAGCAGAUCAAAGAUUUCCACUUCCGCGUCAAAGCGCAGGAUGGAGGCUCCCCUCCACUCAGUAGCAACGUGACCGUGAAAGUAAUGAUUCAGGACCAGAACGACAACCCUCCUCAGGUUCUGUACCCGGUGCAGACUGGAGGCUCUCUGGUGGCUGAGAUGGUUCCUCGUUCAGCAGAUGUGGGCUAUCUGGUCACUAAAGUGGUGGCUGUUGAUGUGGACUCUGGACAGAACGCCUGGCUUUCUUAUAAACUGCAGAAAGCCACAGACAGGGCGCUG